GGAGAAGGAAGUCAGAAGAGAGGUGCUGUGUGUAGGGUAGGUUUGCUAGGACAGACGUCAAAGACCUACUUUCUAAGAGAGGGAAAGAACAUCUGCAAGUACAAUGCUGUUCCUGCAACUUGUGUUGCUGGUGGUUCUCCUCCCAGGUGGUGACAGUGAAGAUGCCUUCCAGGAGCCUAUUUCCUUCCAAAUUAUCCUGACCAUAUCCUUUUACAACGAUUCCCGGACACAAAAUCUGGGUUCAGCUUGGCUGGAUGAGCUGCAGACUCAUGGCUGGGACAACAAGACUGGGGCUUUCAUUUUCCUUUGGCCUUGGCCCAGGGGCAACAGGAGCACUGAGGGGCUGAUGAAAGUGGAAAAGUUAUUGUACACAUGCACCACUCGAUUACGUCAGGUGUUUCAAGACCAUGUCAGACACUGGCAUCUUGAAUAUCCCUUCCAGGUACAGCUCGCAGAAGGCUGUAAGCUACUACGCACUGGGGAAGCAUCAGUAGGAUUUGUGCGGAUUGCUUAUCAAGGGGAAGAUCUCGUGAGCUUCCAGAACAUGACAUGGUGGCCAUCUCCAAAGGGAGGAAGUAGGGCUCAUCAUGUCUGCAAACUAUUCAAUCAGGACCAUGUGAUGAAUCAAGGACUACACACACUCAUUACUGACUCCUGCCCCCAGUUCCUCUUGAGUCUUCUUGAUGCAGGGAAGGAAGAUAUCCAGCGACAAGAGAGGCCAGAGGGCUGGCUGUCCACUGGCCCCAGUCCUGGUCCUGGCCGUCUGCUGCUGGUGUGCCAUGUCUCUGGCUUCCGCCCAAAGCCUGUGUGGGUGAUGUGGAUGCGGGGUGAGCAGGAGCAGCAGGGCACCCAGCGAGGUGACGUCCUGCCCCAUGCUGAUGGGACAUGGUAUCUUCAGACGUCCUUGGAUAUGAAAGCCAGGGAGGCAGCUGGCCUGUCGUGCCGAGUGAGACACAGCAGUCUCGGAGGCCAGGACAUGGUCCUCCACUGGGAGCAGCCCCACUCCAUGGGCUUGGUCUUCCUGGCAGUAAUAGUGCCCCUGGUGCUUCUGGCAGGUCUGGUGUUGUGGCUCUGGAAGUGCUGGAAAACACACUGGAGACCUCAGUGCACUGGCUUCCCUUUGGAGUGA